AUGCAGGUGUUGGGAUUGCUGGGACUCAUGUGCUUGGUGGCCCUGGCCCAGGGGGCAGAGGAUCCUGGGAAUUCGGCCAAGGAUGAAGAUCUCGCCCCCGCCGAAUCCGCUAAUCUAGGACUCGGAUUAGGAGUCUUGGGAGGCUUGGGAGGCUUGGGAGGUUUGGGAGGCUAUCCGGGCUAUGCAGGGUACUACGGUCCAUAUUAUGGAUACGGAGGAGGCUGGCCCCAAUACGGAUACGGAGGUUAUCUCUACCGUCCCUAUUACGGCUAUGGAGGAUAUUGGCGUUGAGUGCCUAUUUUUUUAUUUUUUCCUUUCAUCACCCAUCAUCAUUUGGUCUCUCACAUUCCCAUCGCAUAAUGACAUUCAGGUCGCUCAACUACAAAGGACUUUCAGUUUCAGUGACUGCCACAAACGUCGUCGUUUCUGAAUAAACGUCCGAGAGCUUUUCGUA